GGGAUUUGAUUUGAUUUGAAGGCGCACCGAAUCGAACCCAACCCAAACCACGAGUAGAUACUAGAGAGGCCAGAGGGGGAAAAGGGGAAACAAAUUGGAAGCGCAAGCAAUCCGCGCAAACCCUCUUCCCCAGCUCCCCUCCUCGAUUCGCCCGGCUCCAUCCCCGGCGGCGGCGGCGGCGAUGGCCCGGAAGAGGAAGACGGAUGCCGCGCCGCGGCUGGACGAGGCCGACCGCACGCUCUACUCCACCUUCUGCGGCGCCGCCAACUCCCUCUCCCAGCUCUACACCCAGGCCAUGGCCCAGCAGAAGCUCUCCUUCCAGGCCGGCGAGCGCCACGCCUACGAAAAGCUCUACCAGUGGAUCUUGAGGAAGCAUGAGGAAGAGUCAAGGCUCACUGUAGCUGAUAUAAUUUCUCAUAUUCAGCAUGAGAUGGACUACGGAGGUACUGAUGCACAUGUCUCACCAAGAGUGCAUCAGCAUCCUCAGAUUGCAAAUCCAUUCACAAAUUCAGUUGUUACAUCUGGAACUGGUUUAUAUGGGCAAACGGCAGCUGGGUUAGCUCCUAGACCCAGCCUCAGUGACCAAUCAAAGAAUAUGAUAUUCUCUAAUGCACUAUCAAGCCCGGUGCGCAGGAGUCUCCAGAACCAUUUGGCUCAAGGUGCUGGCAAUGGAGGCCGGAACACAGAACCAAACUCAGCAGGGGCAAAUAGGGAGACCAACUCUGCAAGCUCCAAUGACACUUCUAUGGACAUGGUUUCAGAUAGCGCUGGGAAUGAACUCUACCAGUGAUUUGUGGUGAGAUGUGUCCGCAAUCAGGCAGCAUUGCAUACCAGUAACCACUGUUGUCUGUGUUUUUUUUUCUGCCUUCACUUCUUUGAUAUUUUCCCCAAAGCUCACCUUCUAUGUGGCGAUGUACCUGCACAUCAAGUUUCUUUAAGUUAUUAUUGGUAACUUUGUUGCUUUAUUCCUCCCACACUGUUUCCGUGAGUUUGAGACUAUGAAUGUAAAUGAAAAUCACAUUGUGAUAUGUUCUUAAAGAGGAAGACGACUAAACUUCCUGAAA